UUAUGGGACUCGAACCACUUGGGAACUUCAGUAGACGUAGUGUAGUAGUUUAUGGAUUUAUUUAGAUUGACUGGAUGAUUACACAUACGAUUUUGGGAACGCACGGGGAAAAACGUUCGACACGGUAUGAGAAGAUUGUAAAUGCCAGUGUGUCUUCCUGCCCUGAUCAAACUGUAUCCUCAUGGGCAAGUUGUUGAAUACCGGUAUUUCGAGUACCAGCUGCUGAUUGAUCAAGGCACUGCAUGAGUUGGAUUAUUAUAAUCAAAGGUCUUUUGGCCAGAGUUGCUACUAGGUGAACAGAGACGCUCAUGUCUGCGUUUCAGUAAAACUUUACCCAGUAACUCAAGUUCGGGGCCAAACCAAUUUCAUCACCACAGAUGUUCAGUUAGAUCAAUUUACGUUACAGUGAGAAAUCAUGGGGACACAGAGAAAUGGCUACAGAAAGGAAACGUUUAUUCUAUCUGUGGACGUUGGAACAACUUCAAUCAGAUGCCAUGUCUAUGGCAAAGAAGCGAAAAUAAGAGGAACAUGCACACAUAAGGUGUCCCUGUUGUAUCCUGGGCCAGGACGUGUUGAGAUGGACCCAGAGGAGCUCUGGCAAAGCUUCGUCACAGUGGUGAAAGGCGCAGUACAGGACUCAGGCUUUCAGAUGUGGCAGAUGGAGGCCAUAGGAAUCUCAACACAAAGGGCUACAUUCACCACCUGGGACAGGAAGACUGGGUGUCCUUUUCACAACUUUAUCAGUUGGCAAGACUUGAGAGCAGCCGAUCUAGUGAAAUCAUGGAACCAAUCCUGCUCAAUGAAGUCGAUCCAUGGAGUGAUGAAAGUGUUGCACUUUCUCACCAGACAGAAGAGGUUUCUGGCUGCCAGCCUAGUCGUGUUCUCUACGCAGCAUGUCUCAUUGCGUCUGGCCUGGAUGCUCUCCAAUUGUCCAGAGUUGAGGCAAGCGGUGAAUGACAACAGUUGCUGCUUUGGAACCAUUGACACCUGGCUGCUCUACAAACUCACAAAAGGUUCAGUACAUGCAACCGAUUACUCAAAUGCAAGCACAACUGGAAUUUUUGAUUCAUACCAGAUGUGUUGGAGUGGAUUUCUGUGCUCACUCCUUUCUCUGCCUCUCUCCAUCCUCCCCAAAGUGCAGAACACAAGCCACAACUUUGGUUCAUCAGACCCCUCCAUAUUUGGAGUUGCCAUACCGAUCAUGUCAGUUAUGGCAGACCAGCAGGCGGCCAUGUUUGGGGAAUGCUGUUUUGACACAGGUGACGUGAAAAUCACCAUGGGAACAGGGACGUUCAUGGACAUUAACACAGGGGCAAAACCACACACCUCUAUCGCUGGCCUGUAUCCUCUGGUGGGUUGGAAGAUUGGGCACAGUGUGGUGUAUCUGGCAGAGGGCAAUGCUGCAGACACGGGCACAGCCAUCAAAUGGGCGCAGGAGCUGGAGUUGUUCACUGAUGUGAGUGAGACUGAGACAAUGGCCAGCAGCGUGAAGGACUCUGAUGGAGUGUGCUUUGUCCCCUCAUUCAGUGGUUUGCAGGCUCCACUGAAUGACCCCAGAGCUUGUGCAUCCUUCAUGGGUCUCAAGCCUUCCACUACUAAAAACCACCUGGUGAGGGCCAUCCUAGAAUCAGUGGCAUUCAGGAAUAAGCAGCUCUAUGACAUCAUGCAAAGGGAAACACGCAUUCCUAUCUCUAAAAUAAGAGCAGAUGGUGGAGUCAGCACAAACAAUUUUGUAAUGCAACUGACUGCUGACCUGUUCGGAUGCAAGAUCGCAAGACCCAGUCACUUCGACAUGUCUGCUUUGGGUGCAGCUUUUAUGGCAGGACUGGGAAUAGGCUUCUGGAGCAGUCAGGAGGAGCUGAAGAGGCUGCACUCUGUAGAGCGCCUCUUUCUGCCCCAGGGAGGUGCCAACCACUACACGCCUGUCCUCUGCAGCUGGGAGAGCGCACUGGAGCGCUCCAUGCACUGGUACAGCAAAUUCUAAGGCGGGGAUCACACUAGCCAGCGGCAAGCGGCAGGUUUCCUAUUGUUUUCUAUGGUUCGGCAGCGGAACGGUGACAACGCUGGCGUAACGCUAGCGUUGAGCAAACUGGGAGUUGAACUUGGUUCAACUUUGAAGCGCAAUGCUCGGCACAUCACAAUUAGUUUUAGAAUGUUUAGGUAUUUUGACCAAUCAGAUUUGUCUAACAACAUAGCAGCAAACAGAGCCAUAUAAAGAGAUAUCUUUAUAUGGCUCUGGCAGCAAAGAUUGAACUUAGCAACGAGAUAGAAUCUCACAGAUUCAGAGUAGCCCUGACUUCAUUCCAGGGACUCUGAGUACUGCACUGCUGGCCUUUGUACUCCUUUUCUGUAAACCGGGUCAUGAAGGAACCUGUUCCACUUGUACCAUGGACCAAAAAUCAUCCUGUGUAUCAGAUUCUCCUGAAACCCUCGGUUAGCUGAAUCAGCUGCAUGAUAAUAAUGACAGUAAAAAGAAGUAUAAUUGUUUUUCAGAACAUUUUAAUCCCCCCCCCCCCCCCUUUUUUUUUCUUCUUCAAUCUCCUGGGACCGUUGGAUAGAUUUCUAGUAACGAUGUCACUCACCAACAGUGCCUAAACAUGGAUUACUUGAUUUCCCAUAGUCUUCUUAGACUACCUCAGACCUUCAUCAAUUUGUUGCCUUUUUUAAAAACUUUAGUGAGGAAUAGUGGAAAAGCCAUACUAAUGACCUGAUAGCAAGAUGGACAAUUGACAUCUUGAUUUUUUAGUGUGUUUUUGUAACAAAAGCGCCUUUGUAAUUUGUGCAGUAUGUGAUCAGUUUCUGUGAUCAGUGAUGUUUACACUUGUGCAUGUUGAAUAUACAGAUGCUUAGCAACUUUUUGUCAUAAAAAAAACAAAACAUUAUAACAAAAAUUACAGUUUUUUACUUAAACUCAUGCACUGACUGGAUUGAUGUGUGUUGACAGGAAGCUAAACUAGCCUGGUACUGUCAUGCGAGACAUUUCACAGUAUUUGUUGUGGUUAGAUGCUUUUUACACCUGGCUCAGAAGAAGUUCGGUGGAGGGGUGGUUUCCAGCCUGUUUGGCCUCUGACUGCCAUAAACUGCUAGCAAGCUCCAGCCAACAUUACUUGCCUGUUGCCCUUCUGCUGAGUUGUAUCAUUGGCUCUUGGGCAUUUUGGUGAACCAUUUUGUAAAAUACUGACAGCUAGCUUGCUAACACUAGACCUCCUCUCAAAUCUCAAUUUAUUUGCUUAAUUCACUUCAUAACCACAGUAAAAUGAAGAUGAAAUUGGUACAUUGAAUUUGGAAGUACAGCAAACACAUCUUUCUUGUAAAUGAAGUUUUUUUCUGAAACCUGCUUCAGUGAGAAGGUCUCCAGACGGACCUUCAGAGCCCGUUCAAAUUUGGCAACAGGUUCAUCUUGGUUCACCUAGGCUAGCAUUAUUGGCGUGCACAAGCUGUUCGGGGUCAUCCCUAUGUUCCCCAGUCGCAAUACAUACCAGAGAACAUAGGGCCCUUUUUGGGAAAAGCGGGGAACAUAGGACCCUUUUUAAAAUGUACGAAAAAAAGGGUCCUAUGUUCCCCGGUCCCAUAUAGGGAACAUAGGACCCGGGGAACAUAGGACCUGGGGAACAUAGGUACGCUCCCAGAUGUCCAUGGGUUGUACAGAGAAUUAUAUUGCAUAGCCUCGUAACAAGAACUCAAUAGUGAAGGAUAUGUGACCAAUUAUUAAUAAUGUAGAAUUAUUUUUCAGUGAACUAGAAGAUUACUGUAAAACAUGAUAUCAUAUUUUUAAAGUGACAAUAUUUUAAAGUGAUUUAAUUAUCAUUACUUUGCCUUGGAAUGAUUAUGCACUACUUUCUCAGAGAACAAAUGUACAGUAAUUUCCCGCAUAUGAGCUGCAUUAUAAGCCGCAGGACAGUGUAUUAUGCAAGUUAAAGGAAACGAAACCAUAUACACCAUAUUAACUGUAUUAACCUCAUAGCUGAAGAAAUUUAGCAAAAUCAAUGUACAAACAGCGGCUAAUAGUCGGGAAAUUACGGUAAUCAGUCAGGGACCUUGCUCAAGUAAUGUCAGUAGAAAUAUACUGUGCUUCCUGGAGCCUUUUGGUCACAAACUGUAAACCACAAUUUAUUUUUUUGUUAUGUAACUGUGUUAGAGCGUAUUGUUUAUGAUGCAUUUCACUGCUCUCUUAGCAGUUGCUGAUCAAUAAAACAUCUGCGUCAUAUUUGUAUACAUUGUGGUGAAGUUUCCAUUAGCUGCUCUUGAUGUACGGAAACAGUCAGAACUAAGAAUCAAGUUGCCUGUGACCAUUGGUGACGGUUAUGCUGAUGUAAGGAUACCUGGAUACCUAAACCAUUAGAAAGGUAUCAUGUUGACAAAAGCCAACAUUACCCCCGUUUAUACAUACUAUGAACUAAAGUCUCUGGUUUCAACUGUCGUCACCCUGCUGAGGGCUCAGUCCCAGGCCUCUCCCAGACCACAGGAAAAUACCUGAACUCGAACUAUGUUUGUCAAGGGAGAAAUUAUAAUCUGCUCGUGUUUUACUAUAAUUUUUGAAGCCUCCAUGCGAGAAAUACAGUAUUGCCAGUUGUAGAACAGUACAGUUAAUGCAUGGAUGUUUCUGUAACAUGGGAUAUUUGAUGCAUUCUCUGAUGGGAUGCACCCACACCCCCUGCUUAGAUAAUGGAGAUGCCCUGGUGAUUUGUGAGAUUCCAGAUGAAUGCCAUUAUGUUUAGUUGUUAUUGUUUUUUUGCUCACUGCCUCUGCAGGAAGCUUGGUCUCUCUGGCCUCUCUUUCUCUUUCCUUAGUUUUGGGUUUGGUCUUUCUUUUACUUUAUGUUUGAUGAAUUGUUCUGAUAUCUGAUGUAUUUAACAUUCUAACUUGUUUUGUUUAGGUUUGUUGUUUUCUUCAGCUUACUUUGUUCUUGUCUUACUUUGUUACAGUAUAGGCUAUUUACCUGAGGCUUGCUUUACAUUCAAUUUAAGUGAUAUUGGUCACAUCUAACUUUAUGGUUUACUGGUUAAUAAAUUGUUAAUUUAC